AUGUCCAUGAGUGAUUCAGAAAUCCAAGAAAAUCUAAUGGUCUUGGAUAACUUGGUUGAUCAUCAAGAACUGAAGGAUGAGCUCCAAAGUCUUGAUGACUUUCUUGGUGAGCUGCAAGAAGAGGAGGCGGCAGCAGCACCAUCAAAGACACCUGAGCCAAGGCAACCAAAGGUGCACUGGAGAAAAAGAGACGUGCAUGGAAAUAUUGUCUAUGCAAGGCCGAGAUCAAGCAGGGAUCAGUCAAAAAAGGCUGAUCACAUUCAGAACACUGAUCCUACCUUCAAUGCUCCUGACACUAACUGUGAGGUGGCCUUUGCUCCAGAGACUGUUGAUCUCCAGCACUCACUGAGGGAUUCCUCAGGUGAUGAGGCAUCACCUCUUGGAACCCCAAGAGAUCCUCUUCUGGCAUCUUCGAACUGGGGCAUUCGUCAGAGUCUCUUUUCAGAGAGGUGGAGGGCAGAGAGACCCCGUCUGGUAAACACGGCUGCAGCAAAAGAAAGUGUGGCAACACACAUCUGCCAGCAGUGUUGGAGCAGUCCAGCAGUUAUCCGGUGCAGUGACUGUCGACCACACCCCUUCUUCUGUGCUGAAUGUGACAUCAGCAUGCACACCAGACAUGUCCUCCACAAUAGAGAUGCCAUGACUGCUGGCUUCUUCCAGCCAUUGCCUCCAACAACUGUCGUGGUCGAUAAGGCUCUUUCCCAAUGUGUGCGGCUUGUACCUGUGGAAAUGCCUGACAAAAUCUGUGGUUGUUCACCAGAGUCAUUGAGGGUCAGUCCAGGAAAGACUGUUGCUGUGGUCACAAUGAAUGGUCAGUGGGAGAGGUGUUUGUGGAGGGGAGUGGUCAGCAGCCAGAGAGACCUCACAAAGAUCUGCCAGCAAGGUAGACGAAGAGGGAUUGGAGGUUACGCCCAUUAUUUUAAAUGUGAGGUGAAAUGGAGCGGGUCGUAUCAGGAUGGGGCUGGACUAACACUAGGGGAGGAGGUGGAACAGUGCAAUGCCUUCCUCUCUAGGAUUGCAGUGACAACAAAACAUAUGUCAAAAGCAGGACGCACAGACAUGCUGACUCUCAUGGCCAUGCGAUGGAAUCAGCAAAAGUUCCGAAAUUUGGCAGUUUCACUGACUCGCCGAUAUCAGAAGACCAGAAAAGCUCUGCAAAGCCAGUUACAAAACCUAGAGUCCUUGAAAGCCCAAUUGGCAGUGACAGAGAGCCAACUGGAAGACUGGGUCAGUGAUGUAAAGGAGUGGGCAGGCGCAGCAAGAGUAACAACCACAAAUGAUGCUGAUGGCUUGGCCAGCAGAAUUGAGGUCCUGGUAGCGAGUAUCAAGAGACGUUCCCAUCGGCUCUACAAAGAUACCGAUGGGAACAAAGGUCGUGCCAGAAUCCGCCGCAAGAUCAGGGAGGAGAAGGGCAUCCUGACAUCUGUUGUGGAGAAAUACAACAGAAUGGUUCCAAGCACAGAAAGUCUUUGCAUGGAAACCAUUCUGUCUGGUGAGACAGCUUGGCCAUGGCAGCUACCACACAGUGACUCUGUCGAUCUAAGGACAAAAAGAAGAGCGUUUGACAUCAUCAUGUCAGUAAGAAGACUUGAGGAGGAGCUGAAGAUUCUUGUGGCAGAGAUGGACCACCACUGGAAAUCUCUUUCAACUCGUGCUGAUACCCUCAGAGAGCUGUCCCACAUGUUUGCCAGUGAGACAAUGAGAAAUUCACCAUGUUGCUUAAGUGAAGAGGGUUUGAAAGGUCUGCAAAGCAUCAUCCUGAGAAAGCAACAUAAAGUCAGAGAAAUGAAGGUGCAAGCAAGAGACUGUUACCUGCAAGUUUUGUCUGGAGAAGGCAACAUCAACUUUUUGUACAGUGCUUCAGCUGAUGAGUAUGACAGUGACUGUGAAAUGUCUGAUGACGGACUGUAAUCCACAAGACUGUGACACCUUUUUAUCGUUCUGGACAAUGACCUUAAAUCUGUAUAUAAAGAAUGUAAUAAAAUCUGCUUUU